UUACAUGCAAACUCUGUGUUCUAAAUUUUAUUUAUUUUGCAGCAUAAAAUACAGCGCAAUGUUUGCUUAAGUGUGCUUUAUUGUUAUUUUGUGCAUUUCGUUACUGAAAUUUUAAAAGAAAACAUGUGUUUUAUUAUUGUACUAAAUGCUAUCAUUACAUACUUUUUUACCGGUUUAAAGAAGUUGAUUUAUAAAAGGUCGAGAAUCAGUGCUCGCAAAAAGUUAUUUUUAACUUAAAUAGCAUUCAUAAAGUCAAGCUCUUCGAAACAACUCAUUUAAUAAUCUUAAAGCAUUAAGAUCGGCUCAUUAAACAUCUUUAUUGGUUUAUAAAAUUAACUAAUUUAUGGAGGAAGAAUUUAAUGCUUUUAAUAACACCUUUUAGUUCAAUAAAAUAUUUUCGCUACAAACUGCAGUUAGUGUCCUGUUGUCAAAACCUUCGGUUUUAUUUGCUUACUUAAAUUGGCUCUAAUUUUUACAUAAUUCUUUCCUUAUUUUCUAAUAUAUAAUAAUAAUUACGAUAAAAAAAUUUUAUAAUAAAAAACGUUAGUAAACAAAAUUUUAAGAAAAUAUUGGGAACUACAAACUCAGGUUUCUUAAAAAAGCAUAUAAAAUUGAGAUUUUUAAAUAUUUAAAACUUAAAUAAUUUAAUAGUGAUUUAUAUCAGAAAAGUUUUUAAUACUAUGUUUCAAUUCAACGAUUCAAAUGUCUUAAAUAUUAUAAUUGUUGCAUCAAAAAUCUAAUGAAACCUCUUUUUUUGUUGAAAGAAUUAAGUUGAAACCGACAAAUUCUACUUUUUAUGCAUCGAUGUACCAUUGAACUAAUAUUCUACUGUAAAAGUUAUGGAAAUUAAAUAAAAACCAUACUUAAAUUUAAAAAAAGUUAAUUUUUUUUGAAAAAGUAAAUAAUAAGUGUUAGUUUUAGGAAGAGUAAAAUAUAUUGCUGGAAUUUUUUUUAUUAAUCUCAAAUAUCAAAUAUUUAUUAUUGAAAAUGUCGUAUACUAUAAAAUCAAAGUACGGUUUAAAAUACUGGCACUUAGGGUGCAUUAUCAGUAAAAAAACAUUUUCCCGUAAAAUUCAUAUUUAACGUAAAAUAUUAUAUCGUAAUAUUUAUUUAAAUAGAGUGAUUUAAUGAUUUUAUUGUAAUUAAUACUGUAAAAAUUAUUGCAUAUUGGAUCAUUAUCAUUAUCCUGUAAUUUAUUAAUGCAUUAUGUCACUUAUAAAACCUAAGAGAAAUUAAUGUUCAAAAAUAAUGAAUUUAUAAUUUUGUGUCUAAAAAUUAUUCCUGUGAUAAUGCUGUCUUUUCAGAAUCGGCUUCCAUAAAGGGUCCCUAGGCUUCAAUGGGUUUAGUACUCAUUUAAAUUAUGUUUCUGUUUUACAGCUAGAAGCAUUUCUGAAGAAUUUUCUUCAUCCAGUGAUCUUAAAAGUAAAGAUUAUGAAGAAUGUUGCCUGAAAGACAAAGAAGAAGAAACUUUUAAAGUUUAUGAUGGAAAUGGAGGCGUUAAAAAUAGAAUGUUUAGGACAAUCACAAUGCCGAGAAAUUCAACGAAAGAAGAUGUAAUUAUGGCAGCUCUAAGAGCGUUUCAUGUUUAUGAUGAUGCCAGGUUAUAUUACUUAACGGAUGCAUAUGAUGCUAAUGAAAAAGAACUAGAAUCAGCUGCUCCUCUUCAAAAUCUAACGCGGAGAGAUGGGCGGUCAGCAAUAUUUCUCAGGUUUCGUCCACCAGAUCCACAAUCCGGUUACAUCAAAGUUUAUCCUGGAAAACUGGGGAAUAUUGAUGAACACCAAGUGAUACCUGUAACUAGUGAUGAUGAAGUAAACGAUGUUAUGGAAAGGGCUUUAGAAAAAUUUGGACUAGAUCCCUCUGAUGUUACAAAGUAUAGACUAAGUGAAGUAUCAUUAGAUAAGGGAUCUGUUCACGAAAGGCCAAUGGAUAAUCAAGAAAGCCCUUGGGAAUUAAUCAAAAAUAUAGCAAGAGAAUCAAUUAGGCAAAAAGAAUUGACUAGGUUUUGCUUACGGCAAAAAGAAGAUUUACAAAGUUCAUCUGUCGCUCUUUUUGUAGGAAACCUGCCACCUAAUUUGUCUCAGAGACAAUAUGAAAUGAUUCUUCUUGAAAUGUUAGGAAAACCAUAUAAAUUCAGGGAUCUUGGUCCUAUUUACUAUGAAUAUGGAUCUCUAAUUAUUAGCUAUGACAACGCAGAUAUUGCUGUCAAAUGUUUUUACAUGCUUAGAGAAACAGUUUAUGACGAUAAAAACCUUCUAGUCCUUCUCCUGCCAAAUCUCCUGCCAGACAUGGUGCCCCAUGGAAUAAGGCCUCUUCUAGUCUUUGUUAACGUAAAAAGUGGUGGAUGCCAAGGAAUGGAAUUGAUUUCAUCUUUUAGGCGGCUACUCAAUCCAUACCAAGUUUAUGAUCUUGAAAACGGUGGACCCUUACCGGGACUGUAUGUGUUUCGCCACAUCCGAGACUACAAAAUUCUCGUAUGUGGCGGAGAUGGAACUGUUGGUUGGGUUUUGCAAUGCCUGGACAACGUUGGACAAGAUUCCGAGUGUCAAUCACCACCAUGCGCGAUUCUGCCUUUAGGGACUGGAAAUGAUUUAGCUCGAGUCCUUAGGUGGGGACCUGGCUACACAGGAGGUGAAGAGCCACUAUCCAUUCUCAAAGAUGUCAUCGAAGCCGAAGAAAUUAGAUUAGAUAGAUGGACUGUUGUAUUUCACGUUGACGAGAAAGGUGAUGAUAAGUCAGGACUUAAUGCUGGGAGUUCUGAAGACAACACCGCCAUUUUCGUUAUGAAUAAUUAUUUUGGUAUUGGAAUCGAUGCCUCUUUAUGUUUAGAUUUUCACAACGCCAGAGAAGAAAAUCCAAACAAAUUUAACAGCAGGUUCCAUAACAAGGGUGUUUACGUAAAAAUGGGUUUGCGGAAAAUGGUAAGCCGUCGAACAUGGCGGGAUUUUCAUAAGGAAGUUCGCCUUGAAGUAGACAACAAAGUCAUCGAUCUACCUCCUGUCGAGGGCAUUAUCAUUCUCAACAUUCUCAGUUGGGGCUCUGGAGCUAACCCUUGGGGACCCGAAAAAGAAGACCAGUUUGCCAAACCUACCCAUUACGACGGGAUGCUUGAAGUUGUGGGUGUUACUGGAGUUGUUCACAUGGGGCAGAUACAGAGCGGACUGAGAAGUGCCAUCCGCAUAGCACAAGGAGGACACUUACGUAUAAAGUUGCACACAGAAAUGCCUGUUCAAGUAGAUGGUGAACCAUGGAUUCAAAGCUCGGGUGAAGUAGUUGUUCUUAGAUCCGCGCUUAAAGCCACCAUGCUUCGCAAAAUUAAAAUGAAACGAAGAAACACUGAACCAGUCUUGGGUCCGGGAAGCAGCGAUAAACCCGCCGAUGAGUGAGGAGAGAUCUUCUUCAAGCUCUUGAUGAAAACUAAGCUAGACCACCCUUUUCAGACAGGGGACAUCUCAACCCUAUGUUAUAUGCAACAUCAAUGCUAAAGUAAAAGAAAAGCGCUGACCUAAAAUCUCUAGCCGGUGUCGACUAGAGUCAGUCGAUAUAUAUAUACUCUUAUUUGAGUAAAUAUUCUUUCAAUUACUUUCAUUUUCUUGUAAGUCUUUGGGAGAUGUGAGUAGAAGGUUAUAUGCACUUCAGUUGUUGAGUAACACAUGAAUAUGCUUAUUUAAAAAUGACUUUUUGUACAAAGUUAUGUCACAUUACUCUUAUUCUAGUCAAACUUCAUCCAUUACAAUUUUCACUUCUGUAUUUGUGGCACAUUACUUUUUAGCGCUCUAUUUUACCAAUGAAAUGUUCAUAUUUCUGUGAUCAGUACUUUUACUGCAAUAAGAUUCUUGUACUUUCACAUUGUAAUAUAUUUCCUUUAUAUAUUUUGUUCAUACAUAUUCAGUACAAAAUAUGGGUCGUAUUUUAGAGAGAGUACAAUAAAUUAUUCUAACAAUGAUAAAUGUAUUUGAAUAAUAAUGGGGAGGAUUUCCGUAUCGUUACCUGUGCCAAAACGGUCGCCAAGUUUUGGCGGUAUGACAGAAACACAUGAGAAAAGGACAUUUCGAAGGUAGAUGUUCCGAAUAAGCUGCUUUGCAUCCUUUUUUAAAAAUUUAUUACAAGUAUAUGUGAACGUCAGUUGCACUUUGGCUAGAACAGGUACCGAUAUGCGAAUAUCCCCUUAAAAAUAAUGUAUUUGUAUACAUUUUAAACUAAAAGUUGAAAUUUUGUGUAACUCCUUUGGAGAAUAAUUAGUAUCCAGUUUGGAUCAGCUCUUUUCUCGGCUUUUAAAAGUCAAAAAUAAUUAUAGAAAUAAAAAGGAAUCCAUCUAUGUAAAGUACAUUGAAAUAAUAGGUGUCAAACAUAAUUAUCUGAAAAUCUCUUCAAGAUUCAUAUUGUUAAUAACUCUAGCUUUAAUUGCAAAUGAGAACUCGAAAACUUUUAAUCUUAAGUAAAAAUUAUUUCUGUAAUACUUUGUUAAAAAAAUUCUCAUAUCAGGUUUUCGGAAAUUUUUUUGACAACUUUCAUUAGAAGUUUUACACUUCGGAAGAACAUAUUGUUCUUCCAAUACAUAGGAAGAACACGCGCCUAUUUAAAAAUGUGCGUUGCAUAAACAUGCGAGUGUAAAUUCUUAUAUGCGCUUAAUUGUGCAAUUUGGCACACACGGAGGUACAUUUAAGAUAGUAAAUAAAAUAAUGAUGACUUAAAAUCAGUUGCCUCUUUAGUUGUUUAUGAAACUUAAAUAUAUGUUUUUUUCGCAAGGCUACUAUGUUAAAGAAGAGCAAAGGAAAAAUGAAGAGACGAAAUACAGAGCCCAGUAUGGUGGUAUCUCCAAUGGAAAUAAAUCAAGAUGUGCCAAGUAGCUCAGGACCAUUUUAAGAAUAUAUAAUAUAUAUUAAACGCCGAAGUAGUAAAUCUUACACAAAACACACAAAAAGUUUUUGUGCGUUAGGCCAGAAAUGAGUAAUUCAAUGGCUACUUGUUGAAAGGUUAUAAAUAAUUUCAUGCUUAUAUGAAGUUCAACUAACUGUAUUGAAAUAUAUUUCAAGAUAAAAAAACGAAAUAGAUACAGUUUUAAAUUGUCAUCGAAAGUGAAUUAAAACGCCUAGAUAUUUUCUACGAUCUUUAUUACAUGAAAUAUCAGGAAUGAUUUCGAUUAUUUGCACCAUAUCAUGGCAGGAGGAAAACAUUGAUAAGUGAUAUGAACCACCUUAUUUAUAUUGUAUGUGCAUCAAAAUACUUGUAAUAACUAUUGAUAAAAUCUUUAAAAGAAAAAAAAAGGUGUUUAAAAGAUAAUCGCCUGACAUUCAUAUUUCGAAAAAGUGUUAUCAAUUUUUUACAGCUAUAACUAGCUGUUAUUCUUGAAUCAAGCAAUUAUCUUUCAAACAACCAGAAAAACUAUAGUUUGUUUGAGCUUGUUAUUGUUACGCUAACUAUGAAAUAGUUUAUGAAAUUGAACUAAUAUACGGAACAAAUAAUGCAUUUUUAAAGAUGUAAGUUUGUUUCUGUAUGUUUGACAACAUUGACAUUCUUAUUCAAAAAUUUAAAAAGUAUUUAUGUCUGUUAUAUGAUAAAUAUGCAGUUUAAAAUAUUUUUGAGGGGUGUAUAUUAUUACUCGAUUUUUUUUAAGUUCAAACUAAAUGCACCUUACAUGAAUAUUGAAUGAAAGUAAUUGUUGAAAUGGUGGUUGGUGUGGAGUUUUUUUCAUCUUAUAAAAUAUUGAUAAGAAAAGAAUAUAUUUAACGUGUUCAAAGAAUUUUUUUUGUCUUAAAAUUAUGUAACUGAGUUACUUAAAUUUGUAUAUAUUUACAAACUUAGCACAUUAACUAAUGCACAGUUUCUAAAGGGCACAUUUAAUACUAAGAAAUUAUAUUCAAAUCAAAAUAUUUUUGUGAACAAUCUCAUGUUGAAAAUGGAGAUAAUAUUCAGA